AUGGCUUCCCCGACCAAAUCACCAGCGAAGGAGCACUCCAAGAAGCCUGCGGACGAGACAAAUCCUCCUAUCAAUAAUAAAUCACGGUCUGGCGAUGCCGAGGGCGGUACCGCGGCCGUGGGUCAGGCAGCCGGAGACGCGUCUUCCCAAGACAAGGACGCCGUCGCUGACGCCGCGAAGAAAGACAAGGAGUUCGAGGAGGCCUCGGCCGUGGUGGCGAGGCACGUCAGGCUGCUGCGGGAGUACAACGAGAUGAAGGACGUGGGACAGCAGUUGAUGGGCUUGGUCGCGGAGAAUCGAGGCGUUACGGUGGGUAGUCUGUAUGAGACGGGGGAGUUUGGGGUCGGGCCUAAGGAUUGA